AUGGGGGUGCUUUUGGGUAGGUUGUGGGAGAUCGAACCCUUAACUGACCAGCUUCCAGGUUUGAAGGAAUUGGUUGGUGGCAUCGGGAAGCUUUUUGCAUACUCUCUUAUUGCAUCUCAUAUGGACUCUCCUUGGUUCUCCGUCGAUAUUAGUGCUUUGGCAAAGAGUUCACAUUUGGAAGAUGCUGUGUACAUUACAUUAUUUGGGCGUGCAAAUGCACUAGGAUGA